AUGGCGCCACACCCCGAACUCGCGGCCGACAGCCCGGCGCCGGCGCUCGCCCGGCGCGACGACGUGUACAAGAACCUCGCGUCGGCGGGCGCACGCCCGGCCACGGACCUGUCGGGCCCCGGGUUCCAGGUGCUGUUCGCCCUCAUCGGCGUGGGCAUGACGGUCAUGGCCAUCUGGUUCUUCUUCUGGGCCAAGAACGGCGGCUUCCGCUGGCGCCAGGACGACUGGGAGGACUACAAGUCGACGGUGCUGCGCCGCAAGGGCCCCGACGGCCGCACCCUGUCCAACGCGACCAAGAGCACGCGUCUGGGCGGCGGCAGCGUCGUCCACGGCGGCAGCUACGGCGCCCCGACCAGCAUCGGCUACACGGACGAGACGGGCACCAGCGCCGACAUGACCGAGAUGCGCGACGCCGAGGAGGGCAAGUCGCGCCACGGCCUGCGCGGCGGCCACGGCGCCCGCAAGAAGAAGCACCGCCGCGACCACACCAACGACUACAACGACCCGGACCUGCACGGCUACCGCCACGAGAAGGCGGCCCGCGUCGGCGGCCUCAACCGCGAGGCCGACGGCAUGUACACCGACUACUCGCCCACCGAGCCCUCGGACCUUGGCUCGCACGUCUCUGCCCGCCCGCUCGUGAGCAAGGGCAAGCGCGACCCCAAAAAGGACGCCAAGGAGAAGGAGCGCCGCGCCCGCGAGCGCAUGAAGAACGCCAAGGCCGCCGAGAAGGAGGCCCAGAAGACGGCGGCCGCCCAGGCCAAGGCCCGCAAGGACGCCGACAAGGCCGACGCCAAGCGCGAGCGGGCCGCGCAGAAGAAGACGAGGAAGGCGCGCUCUGACGCCGGCUCCGAGAUGCCGGAGAUGGCCGAGACCCGCACCGAGUACACGCGCGCCUUCACCGAGUACACGGCCCCGUCCGAGUACGACCAUUCCGAGGCCCGCGACUUGGCCGCCGCUGCCGCUGCCCCGACGCCCAAGUCCCCUGUCAAGCCGUCCUCGCCUGCCCAGAAGCCUGCCCAGGCCCCCUCCAACGCGCGUCGCGCACCGCCUUCGGCCGCCUACUCCUUCACCACCGGCGACGACGACGCCCAGACAACCUACACCGCCGCCUACACCGAAGCCACCGACAACCGCACCGCUGCCGAGUCCUCGUACUACUCUGACUACCGCCCCAAGGCCGAGCGCGCGCAAGCCCGCCAGCAGUCCCGUGACCGCACUUCGCAGUCCCGACCGCGUCCGGCCGGCUCCCGCUCGCGCCCCACAUCCCAGUCGCCGCAGAAGAGGCACCGCAGCUCCCAGCCAGCACAGUCGUCGGCCCCGUCUGACAUGUUCACCGCCGCCAACGGAGGCACCCAGGGCCACAUGUCCUACCCCUGCUACAUCCCUGGCCUGAGCCAGGCGGGCAGCGUGGGCGUGAGCGAGAGCAUCAGCCAGGUCGGCGGUCCCAGCAGUCGCCGUCGCGAGCGGGAGCGCGGUGGUCGCGAUGUCAUGGCCGGGUACCGCCGUGGUGGCGGGCGUCGCGACUCGCUGAGCGACAGCGACUCGUAG